AUGCCUGUUGUCAAAGAUCCCCAGGCCUUUGACCGCCACGCGAAUCACGCUGCAUCAGGUCCGAUUGCCCUGAAGACUAGCUUCGGCGGCUCUGAUGAGCCUUAUCCCCUCGCCGUCCUGGAGGAUACCGCCUGCGAUGCGGCCGAUGCCAUCCGCCAUUCAGCCAUCGAUUCGGCUCAUUACGACCAUACCACUCACCCCGUCGUCCACGAAAACACCGCCCCCGUUCACUCCUGCAACGAUUCCGACACCCAGCGUGCCGAUGCACACGACAGCGGAUGGUACCGCGUGAUCACGGACGACUUGAUUGAUCCGAUCCUGCUUGCUUGGGAGGAGGAUCACAAGAUCGCAUAUUUUGCUCGUCGGAUGGCUGCCUUCCAGCACACGACCGGCCAUACGGAUAGCGACAUCGUUCUCAAGACCUCUGUCAACUUCAUGUUAAAUACCAUCACAAACGCUCCGAUCACUGGCCAUUAUGCCUCUACCACGUGCAACUUGCCCAAUCUGGCAACCACAUUCUUUGCCCCCAACCAGAAUCCGACCGGAAAUCAGAAUCCUGGUACCUUCAACCCCAACUUGGUCAAUUCCGAUUCUGUCUCAUCCAACACGGCGAGCAAUGACUCCAUCCAACCCGCCCCCGGCACUCAUCACAUCGCCAACCCCAGCGUACCCAACGUACAGGUCGCUCCCGCCGCCGGGUCUAGUACCCCCGUUAGGUGUCGGGAGUGCAAACCAGGCGAAGCUGGCUGGCAGCAAAUCGAGCGAUGGGCCGCCCGGGGAACUCUAACUUGUACUGACUGCAUGCGCCGGCCCCAGCGCGCCCAGGGCAAGCUCUGCAAUCACUGCUUUGCGGGUGGCCGCGAGUGA